GCAAGAGGGGCCCGGCGAAGAAAGUCCUCAGAAAUACCUGGCGUGGAUGCCUACAACUUCAGCGCCGGUGCGACGACGAGGGCGCGGCCCUGCAAAUCAAGGACCUAGCACAGGCUUCUGGCUUUUUCCGCGAGUGCCCAGGGUUCCAUGACGAGGAGGAUGGCUUGACCAGUGCGGUCACGUCUAUCUCUGACAUUUGCCUGUUGAUACCCGCCUCGGCACGACUCAGCCGCGGCGCGCGGUCCUUGUUACCAGAGGUUCUGUUAUGGCUGGUGGGCACAACCCAUCUCCCUCUGGGAGUAGCAGGUGUCUUCUCGGAUCAAGACAUGCGACCCGUUACCCUGAACUCGAUCUCACGUGCUGGCAAGCGUCGCUCUCGGUACGACGCGGUCACCGCCGUCCGUUUGUUGGCACUCAGCCGCUAUUUGCUUUGUGAGAAGCUGCACGCCGCUGUGGAGAGAUGGCUGUGGCGAAGUGGUGUGAUUGGAAGACAGGCGUUUGCGUCGCAGCUGCUUGAUGGAGAUGUCAAGGAAGGCUUUGGCUUUCGUGAUGCAUGCACAAGCUUCAAGACCGUGGGAGCACGCAGAAGUCUUGCCCAUGGUUUGGCAGAGCUUCCAGGGCACUCCUUGCGAAACAUCGUGGAGGCUGCUGCUCUACUUUCGGACGAGUGCGCGAUCGUCCGGAAGAAUUUUCUGCGUGCCCUCUGCGCAGCGGGCUCUGAGGCUGCGUGCUUGCAAGACGAGUCAGCAGAUGUCUGUGGCCAGGCAGCCAUGACCCUUUGUUGUCUCGCUGCCCAAAGUGGCAGGGAAGCAGAGGUGGCUGAACUCGUGGCCCCUCUCUUGACCAACUUAGAUCCACACAUAGUGGAUGCCGCCUCUGAAGGGAUGGCAAGGCUGGGCCCUGCCGCGGCUCCUUUUGCAUUGCGAUGUCUACAGGCAGAAAGCAAGCUUCAGCGCAAAGCCGCUGUCUGCAUCCUCGAAGGAUUGGGAGCAUGCGGCGCACAGGCCGCAGACUCAAUGCUCCAGCAUGCACAUCCGGAAGUGAGGCGCGCUGCCCUGCGCGUUCUGCAGAGAGCCGCGGGGAUUGUGGCUGGCUUCCCAG